UACAUUUUCUACUGUUGUUUUAUAGUUUUGGCCUCAAAAUCAAUGAGGAAAUUCGAACGUAAUUUAAUUUUGCUUUUCAAACUUGAAUUCUCAGACCCCGUCAACGUCAAAGUAGCAGCCAACGAGAUGACUCCAAAACGCCGCCGCCUUUUCCGAACACUUUCGUGCAUGCUUCUCCUCCUCUCUUUGAAUGUCUAGUCGUCUCGCUUUCUUAGAAACCAAACACAAGAAUUUUCUUUCUCUUCACGUUCCCCCCUCGCAACGUUCUUAAAACCCCUCUCCAUUGUCUCUUCCGAAUACUGCAAUUCCAUUUUCAUCAUCCAUCUCUCUCUCUCUCUCUCUCUUGGAAUCUCGAGAUUUUCCCCCAAAAUGGGAGACUCGCCGGACUGGAACGGGAAACUUAACGACUCGCCGGCAGUUGCUUUAACCGGAAAGCUCAUGGUCGGCGCCAUACUAGCCCUCUUCAUGGUGGUGGUCUUCGUUCUGUGCCUCCACCUCUACGCCAGAUAUCUCUGGCAACGCCGGCGAGGAGGCCGCCAGCCAGCCGCCCCUACCGUCCCCCGACGCCGCGAGUCAGGCGCCACCGCCGGCCUGGACCCGUCGGUGCUCAAGUCUCUACCCGUCGUGAUAUUCGACCCCAAAGACUUCAAAGAUGGGCUGGAAUGCUCCGUCUGUCUCUCGGAGGUCGCCGGGGGCGAGAAAGCCCGGCUGCUUCCCAAAUGCAAACAUGGGUUUCAUGUGGAUUGCAUUGACAUGUGGUUCCACUCUCAUUCCACUUGCCCGAUUUGCCGCCAACCAGUUUCCCCCCAGUCGCCAGACGUGACACUGGAGGCCAUGCUCGGUAUACCCAGAUCGGAUAAUUCGGAUUUUCCGACUAAUGUGUUGAUUUGGGGGAACCAUUCUCAGGUUAACACUCUGGAAUCCGGUUCCGAACAAGCUCCGACGUCUGCAUCAUCUUCAUCUUGUUCUUCUUCAUCUUCUGAACCACAAAAUGGGGCGUUGGUGAUUGAUAUACCAAGCCAGAUUGCCGAAGAUGAAGAAACGAAAUCUCCGGUGGUUAGGCGGCUAAGAUCGUUGAAAAGGCUUUUGAGCCGGAACACACGAGUCAAUCAAUGCAGUUCCGCCGGAGGCGAUGAGGAACAGAUGGAUCCCGGCCGGCCUUAGUUUCGCCCUUGAACUGUGAAGAUUCAGCCAUCCAAGUUAAUGCUUCUGUACAGUCAGCCAAAGAAAAAAACAAAGAUAAAAAGCUGGUUGAUGCUUCUGUCAAAUGGAUAUUUGACGUUUCAAAGCAAUCGGUUUUCGCUUUGAAAUCUCGAGCCAAAACGGCUCGAUCUUGGCAAGAAUUAACCGGUAAACAUCUUCAUCUUCCUUUGUAAUCAUCAGUUCAUUCAACGGUAAAAACUUUAUUUUUUUGUUUUUGUUUUCUUGUCAGUGCCCGGAUUUGAUUCUUUGUAAUCACUUUGAUGAAACUAUAUUUAAACGUGAGCUUCUCAGCGUACAAAAUUCUUUCCCAGCUUUGGGUGGACGUGGACGAGUCAUAUAUAUUUCAGAGCAAAAAGGUUUUAACUUCUUAAAAUGAACAGGGUGGAAAAACAGCCCUCAAUAAACUUCCGGAGCAUAGACGAGUGAUUGGGCAAACGAUAUAUCAAAUUUGCACCAGUAAAUCGUAAAUUCAAUUCUCGCCCUACGCAGUGAAACAAAACUUCACACCUGUAAUUUACCUCUUCUACUAGAAUUGAGGGCACGAAAGCUGGAGACCGCAUAAAGGGUAGUCAUCCUAAAAAAAAGAUAAUAACAAAAACCUCUAAAUAGAACGUGGUCGUGGAGGUGGUGUGAUCACAAGCUUGUACUGGUCAAACCUAAGUUCACAAAACCAAACGACAACAGUAGAAUAUAUGGAAAGAGAACCAUCGUCUCGGCCUAGAGUCCAAUCGCAAUCGACCCUCUCCCCCCAUUUGCAUCACCAGCCUAUACAAGUUCAGUUAGAUAUAAUCACAAACCUCAGACAGACGUCAAGCACUCAGCAGGGUUCCAUUGAAUUGCAGAGGCCUGUUUGUCUGCUAACCACCCUAAAUAUGGUGUCCCUCCUCCAUUCUCUACUUACUGUCACAGUUGAAGCAGGGGCAGGGCCAUUACGACACCGAAGAUGGAAAACAGUACCAACAGCACCCAGGUUGGGAUAGAUUGUUUCCUGGCAUUUUUCAGAUCCCUUGGGCCUUCUACCCUCUUAGGGUUCUCCUCUUGCUUAGAAUUGCCCAUUUUCUCCAACAAAGGUCUGGAAUUAGAUUUCAAAUUAUGCGCAGUAGACUCGUGCUCCUCCACACGCUGAUCUGCAAGCUGCUUCUGUUCAUACUUCUGCACAUACUCUGGGAAAAUUUUCCUGAAUGUCGGGCUGAGGGGAGGAAAGUGGCAGAAUCAAUUAGCACCACUGUGAAGUGAUAAAUGCAAUUGGAGUUUCAAGGAAUGAUACAGAUGAUGGAGGAAUUUCACGUGCAUUUCAUUAAUAAAAAACUCCCUACAACUUUUUAGAGUAUUAAAGUAAUGCUGCUCGGAUGGACAGCCCCAACUCGCAAAAUCUGGUUAACCAAUACAUCACAAGAGCUCAAUCUGGCCCUCAAGAUAUAUAGAAUACAUAUGCAUGUUAAGAUUGAUAGUCAACCACUGAAACACAGCCCGCCGGGCCCAAAAGAUAAAAGGGAAAAAAAAAAGAAAAAAAGAGCCGAAAGCCUUAAAGGAGAUAGUACCUCAGACAAAUCCUAGCAAUGAUCCAUAAAAGGGAGGGGCAAUCAGGGAAUAACAAAAUUUUGAGAACUCAACAUGCACACAGACGAAAACGAGAAUCCAUAGGCAGGAAAGAAAAUGAUAAAAAAAAAAAAAAAAAAACCACACAAGUGUUGCAAGGGACUUACUUCUUACAAUUGAAAGCAA